CUUGCUUCUAUCCAUCACAUGAUUGUAGUACAAUUCCAUUUAUCUCCCGGUUCUCGUUCAAGCUUCUACAAGUGCUCCUAGCUCUUCACUAGCUUCAAAAGAAGAGAGAAUGGCCGCAAUCAACCUCCCCAUCAUCGACAUCUCGAAUCCCCAUGACCCCUCUGUGGGAAAAGCCAUGCUCGACGCAGCAGCCAAAUACGGCUUUUUGUAUGUGGCUAGCCAGAGCACUGACUUUAGUCCCGAGGACGUAGAAACGGCAUUUGGAUUGUCGAAGGAUUUCUUUGCAUCGCCCGUUGAAGAGAAAGCUACCUGUCGGAUUACGCCUAAUAAUCGAGGAUGGUCUGGUAUGCAUGUUGAGACGCUCGACCCAGAGCAUCAACGGAUUGGGGACUUCAAAGAAGGCAUGAACUUCGGCGAAUUCAUUGCUGGCAAAGCUCCCCAACCCCUCCCCCCCUCGCUAUCCCCCCACGAACCAACCCUCGACCGCUUCACCACCCUCUGCCGCAAAACCUGCAAUCGAAUCUUAACCCUCCUAGCUCUGGGCCUCCAAGUAGACCCGACCUUCUUCACAACCCGCCACGACCCCAUCCAUGGCCCCUCAGGAUGCACUCUGCGCUUCCUACACUACCCCUCCAUCACAUCCCCGGAAACAGCAUUCUACAAACAUGACGAAGAUGUGCGUGCAGGCGCACAUUCAGAUUACGGGAGUAUAACGCUGCUCUUCCAGCAGCCGGGACAGCCGGGGUUGGAGAUACUCACGCCGGAGGAGGAAUGGGCAGGUGUUCCUGUUGAUCCGGGCCAGUCAUCAAACGGGCAAGGUCAGGGACAGGAAGGGGAAUAUGCAUUUCCGCCUAUUCUGGUAAAUAUUGGAGAUUUACUUAGUUACUGGACGGAUGGGUUGCUAAAGUCGACUGUUCAUCGGGUUGUCUUUCCGUUGUCGGAGCAGAGGGCUGAAAACGAGCAGGAUCGGUAUAGUAUUGUUUAUUUCUGUCAUCCGGUUAACACUACGGAACUUGUCCCCGUGCCGAGUAAAAUCGUCGAUGCUCAUCGUGAGGGGCGGAAGGAGAGCGAGGAUGAUAAGGUUGGGUUUGGGGGUGGUGCGGGAUACCUGGUCCCUGGGAAACGGGCAUUGACGGCGAGUGAGCAUUUACAGGCGCGGUUAGCCGCGACAUAUACUUAUUAGAAUUAAUAAGGUGGCUUGAGCCAUUUAACGGGAUGGAAUAUCAAAUGAUGUUCAUAGUACUUGUAUAUCCAAUCACAUCUAUCUACACCGUGAAUCCCUGUCAUAACCAAGUCUUUGAAGAUCUGAAACAAAACGCAGCUGAAACAAGGAAACAUACCAACGCCUUCGAGAAUCAUACAUGUCAGAUGGCAAGAGUAAACGAAAUGAAACCAUGAGAGCCCGAAAAGAUAGUGAAGUAAAAC